CUCGCUCGAGGUUGGCUCAUUGAUAGCCCUCCCGCUCAAGGGCUCAGCCGCUCAGGGCCUCAGGUUCAUCUCCUCCGUUUCUUAAACCUUUCCCUUCUCUCGGACUCUCUCCUCCCUUGCUCUUCCUUCCCUGGCGGCGACGACUGGGCGAGCGGCGGCGCCAUUUGUCCUGUCUUCGCCCAGCCCUUUGCCGGCGACGAGCGCAUCCUCCAGAAUUAUCGGGUGUACAUGUGUACACCCAUGUCCUAUGCUGGGUCCGCCCCUGCGACUGGAUGUAGCUUGAGACUCGGAGUACCUGCUUUAACUGUCUGCCGGUCUCAUCAAAGGGCUGCUAUCAUUAGAAAUGAGCAUGCUCAGAAUGCUGACUUGCCCCGAAAAUACUCGAAAAGGGAGAAGAAACCAUUUCCUAUACCAGUGCUGGAGUUAAGACGCCGAGCAAAGGAAAGGAUGAAGGCAGCACAAGGGAAACCGAAACAACCACUGCCUCCACCAAAAAAUGGAAUGCUAGUGCGUAGACUGAUACCAGUUGCCUACAAAGUGUACAAUGCAAGAAUUUUGCUGAUCAACAACUUGAGGAAGCUUAUGAAAGUAGUACCUGUAAAAGGCUGCAAAUAUUGCAGUGAGAUACAUGUUGGAUCUGUUGGACAUCCUUUCCGAACAUGCCGAGGAAUGAUGGCAGCUCAACGUAGAGGAGAACAUGACUGGGGAAGUACUUUAGUGGAAGCUGUGUUCUUACCGGUUGAAGCCUACCAUCUAGAGGACCGCCUAGGGAAGCGUAUCCCUCAUGAACAGAGGUUUGCUGUACCCCGCAUUCCCGCUCUUGUGGAACUUUGCAUCCAAGCUGGAGUUGACCUCCCUGAGUAUCCCACAAAACGUCGAAGAAAGCCAAUCAUUAAAAUAGGAAGAAACGAGUUUGUCGAUGCAGAUGAAGAUGACCUACCAGAUGCAGAGCCUGACAGAUUUGAGCAGACACUUCUUGAAGAACUACAUUUUGAUGAGGUUAUCGCUCCAUCUACCCCGGAGGAGACAGCAGCUCUUGCCGAGGAAACAAUCGAAGCAUGGGAGACCGUCAGGGAUGGUGCCUUGAAGCUUAUGAAGGGCUAUGCUGUGAGGGUUUGCGGAUACUGCCCUGAGGUGCAUGUCGGCCCAACUGGCCACAAAGCACGGAACUGUGGAGCCUUCAAGCAUCAGCAGAGGAAUGGACAGCAUGGGUGGCAAGCAGCAGUGCUUGAUGACCUAAUACCUCCUAGAUAUGUCUGGCACAUGCCAGAAUCUGGGGAGGAACUGCAGAGGGAGCUGAAGACCUUCUAUGGGCAGGCACCAGCUGUUGUUGAGAUGUGCAUUCAGGGUGGCGCCAAAGUGCCAGAGAAGUACAAAUGCACAAUGAGACUAGAUAUAGGAAUUCCUUCUAGUUUGAAGGAGGCUGAAAUGGUCAUCUGAUCCUGGAGCAGUUUUAAGUUGUCUCCUAAUGACAUUCUUUGUUGUGUCCGGGGACAAAAAAAAUAUCACGCUCCGUCCUGGACUUGGCUUACCAUAGAUUCAUUUUACUAGUGAAUGUAUAUAUAUCAGGACUGAGGUUAGAAAAAUCAGCAUAUUUCCUUUGUUUGAGAUCCUCGUUGUUGUUUCCAUUUUUUUUUGGUACAAAUGCAAAAUGGUCUGCUGAACU